UCAAUGGCAGACAACAAUAUUUUUAAAAUAAAUUGUGUUGUUGGGCCUUAUUUCUGUAUUCAUUCAGUUGAAUAUGAUUGUUUUUAAAUUACAUUUUAUUAAUGCAUAUGAUAAUUUAUUCAUAAAAACAUAAAUAACAUAAUAUUAUUAGUAUAUGGUGUAUAAUGGAUGAUAUACUGUAUAAUACAAGUUUGUUUUUUUUAAGGUAACAGUCACUUGCCUUACAAAAAGUGAAUUAGAACAUAGAAGUUAAGUACAACCUACUUAUGUACACAAAAUUGAGCGUUUUAUUUGGCCUUUAUUUUCUUUUAGCUUUGAUCCAAAAUUUCCAGGUUGAAAAUGAGGAAAUUCUCCUCGUAAGAAAACAAUAAGGUCAGCGUCAGGUGUGCGCGCUCAUGUGCGCCUGCGGACGCGUAUGUACGUGCGCGCGCACGCGCCGGACAGCGGAUUCUUGCCAUCACAACCAAAAUGGCGGCUGAGCGGACAGCCGGUUCGGCUCGGUGCGGUGACUGACAGAACAGCGGACACGUUUCGCUUGGUUGGACUCAGCAGUCACAUUACGGGACCAUUGAUUGAACUGACUCACAGAAAGGUGGCUACCGCAAACAUGCAGUGGCGCCGGUAGAUGACACCCGACGAAUCUGCGCCCGAAGGACUAAAAAUAUCGCUUGCAACUGGGGGACUUGAUGGGAAUGGGAAAUGAUGGAGGACAAAGGCCCUCGUGUAGCCGACUACUUUGUUGUGGCCGGUCUAACAGACUCAUCCACGCCUUUGGAUCGGGAAAUCCACUUUGAUGACGCCUGCCACAAAACUGCCAAGCCCAAGUCACCCAUCACUGAUGUGGCAGUGGUGAUCCGCUCCAUGGGCGAUGAGGUUCCACCAGGGUUCACGUGUAUUGAGACGACACCAGGUGGUCAUUGUGCUGACCUCAAUAACGGAGGGCUCAUGCUACCCCAGAUUUUCCUAUGUUACAGACGAGGUUGUGACAAGCCACCACUCAUUGAUCUGGGUGUUCUCUAUGAGUGGAAGGAGAGGUUGAAACAGGGCUGUCACGUUAUACAGACCACACCCUCUGGUCGCCCUGCCAAUAUCAGUGGAAACUCCUCCCAGCGCAUCUAUGUCACUUACCGACGGGCACCUGAGAGCCAACCGCAUGCUGCUCUGGCUGUCACUGACAUCUGUAUCAUUAUCCCAAGCAAGGGAGAGACUCCUCCCCACACUUUCUGCAAGGUGGAGAAAAAUCUUAACAGUAGUAUGUGGGGUUCGUCCGUUUACCUAUGUUAUAAGAAGUCUGUGACCAAGACCAACUCGAUAGCAUACAAAGCAGGAUUAUUCAGCAGAUAUCCAGAGGAAGACUAUGAGUCCUUUCCACUGCCAGAAUCUGUUCCUCUCUUCUGCCUUCCCAUGGGAGCCACAAUUGAGUGUUGGCCCGUCAGCACCAAAUACUCACUGCCUGUUUUCUCUACAUUUGUUUUAACUGGAGCCUCCGGAGAGAAGGUGUAUGGUGCUGCCAUACAAUUCUAUGAACCCUACCCACAGGAGUGUCUGACUGAUCAACAGAGCUCCCAGCUGGGUCUGCUUAACACAGACACACCCAAAGCCUCCCCCUGCAACAGCCCAACUGAUGUCACCCACAAUACCACUUCCCCCACCUGCUCAGUCUACACCAACAAAUGUAUCUGCUUGCUCUCUCACUGGCCCUUCUUCGAUGCUUUUCGCAAGUUCCUCACCUUUCUGUAUCGGUAUUCCAUCUCUGGGCCUCAUGCUCUGCCCAUUGAGAAGCACAUUUCUCAUUUCAUGCACAAGGUUCCCUUCCCUUCUUCUCAGAGGCCUCGCAUCUUGGUGCAGCUUUCCCCCCAUGACAGUCUGAUGUUGAGCCAGCCAGUAUCUUCUCCAUUACCACUCAGUGGCGGUCGUUUUUCCACAUUGCUCCAGAACCUGGGCCCAGAGAAUGCUGUCACCCUGCUGGUGUUUGCUGUCACUGAACAAAAGAUUCUGGUUCACUCAUUACGGCCCGCAGUCCUGACCAGUGUAACUGAAGCUCUGGUGUCUAUGAUCUUCCCAUUCCACUGGCCUUGCCCAUAUAUUCCUCUUUGCCCUCUGGCCCUAGCUGAUGUGUUGAGUGCCCCAUGCCCAUUUAUUGUAGGAGUGGACUCUCGGUAUUUUGAGCUUUAUGACCCGCCACCAGAUGUGAGUUGUGUGGACCUGGACACAAACACCAUAUUCCAUAAUGAAGAUAAGCGAACACUCACAUGGAAGAGCUUGCCCAAGAAAGCCUGUAAAAAUCUCAUGAAUGUGUUGAACAACCUCUACCAGCAACUGCUUGAUGGCCAGUACCGGUCUGAUAGCCUGCUAGAGCUGAGCAUCAGUGAUUUAACGGAAUUAAGCUGUGGCAAAAGUCUCCAUACCUUGGAGCUAGAGAUCCAGGAAACCUUUCUGCGCUUCAUGGCAGCCAUUUUAAAGGGAUACCGCUCUUUUCUGCGACCUAUUACCCAGGCACCAUCUGAGAAAGCCACAGAUGCCAGCUCACUUUUUGACUUGCAAGGGUUCUUGAAAAGCCGUGACCGCUCCCACCAAAAGUUCUACUCGCUGAUGACCAAAACCCAGAUGUUCAUCCGUUUUAUUGAGGAGUGCUCCUUUGUAAGCGACAAAGACGCAAGUCUGGCCUUCUUCGAUGACUGCGUGGAAAAACUUUACAGUUCUGAUCGGAGUGCUGAAAAGGGUGUCAAGGUAGAUGGUGACAGGCCAGAUGAGACCAAGCUGAUAGAGACUGAUGAGUCCCAUCGAAGUGAGCACACAGUUUUCAUCACACCUCCAGAGUUGCCUCUUCUGCCUGAGGGUGAAGAGCAUCCACUAUGCUACAGAUAUGAUGGCUUCCCGGUGUUAAGUCUUGACCUGUUUGACCCAGUGGAGGGCCUACAGACACCUGCCUCCCGCCUUAAUGCCAGGCACAGCUGCCCCACCAGCCCUGCACCAAUGUUUAGGCGCAGCAAACAGGAGAUUAAAUCAGCCCAGAAAAUAGCCAAAAAGUACUCAUCGAUCCCUCAGCUUUGGUCCAUGUGCCUCCUCCGCCAUUGUUACGGCCUCUGGUUUAUCUGCCUGCCUGCAUAUGUGAAGGUUUGCCAUUCCAAAGUGCGAGCACUUCGUACUGCCUAUGACGUCCUCCGGAAGAUGCAGUCUAAGAAGCUCCAGCCCCCCGAUGAGGUGUGCUACAGAGUGCUCAUGCAGCUUUGUGGACAGUAUGGUCAGCCUGUCCUUGCUGUAAGGGUCCUAUUUGAGAUGAAGAAAGCUGGAGUCCACCCCAAUGCCAUCACAUAUGGCUACUACAACAAGGCAGUGUUGGAGAGCACAUGGCCAACCAGCACCAGAGGAGGUUAUUUCCUAUGGAUGAAGUUGAGAAAUGUGGUUCUGGGUGUGGCUCAGUUUAAGCGUUCACUGCGGAAACAUGCCCCUCUUACACAAAGCCCCUUUUCAGAUGGCAGUGACAUGGAUGCUGUUAGUCACGGCAGCUUGGAUAGCACUGCUGACACUAAUUUGAAUGAGCAAGGCUCCUACACUGCUGACACCAUUAAAGUAGAUCCUACAGAUGAUAGAUCAAGCACAGUUGGCCACGUGGGCGGUGGCGUGGGCUCCAGGGCCCACUCACGCCGAGGGGGUUCUGAGCUCAGAAAACCCGCUCUUUAUCCAGGAGACCAAUCAGAUUUGGGUUAUAACUCACUGUCCAAAGAGGAGGUUCGCAGAGGAGACAGCUGUGCUCAGGACUCUGUUCAUGUCAAGGAUGACAAGAAAGAGAGUGACUGCAGCUCUUUGUCUGAAACAGAGAGCACCAAAGGAAGUAAAGACUGUCUACCUCAACUGGACACGGAAGUCAGUUCUUCCAUGCAUUCCCGAGGCAUCGUUCGAAGAACCUGUCAUUAUGACAAUUUCAAAAGUAGCGCCAAGACCUCUGCAAGCACAGGACAUGUGGCAGGUCUUCUCUUCACUUCUUCUCUGGAAGAAAUAGGUGAGAUCCAAUCGAACAGCUUGCUCAGGAGACACAAGAGUACUCUGGAAGAAGUGGUCGGCGGUGGCUCUGCUUUUGACUGGCAGGGUGUAAAGCGACAUUAUCCGAGUGGUGACAAAGUAUGCACCCGUGGUCGUGGCUCUACUGUGCUCGGUCUGAGUAUGAGGCAGGGUGAAACUGACCCAGUUAAAAUCGCAGGACAUCUUGGUGCUGACGCAAAAAUUCUUUGUAAUUCCAAACUCGGUAAGAACAUGAGACCUCGGUCAUUGGCACUGAGCGAUUUAAAGGAGACUGCUGUCACCAGCGCUUGUGAAGAUGAAGCAGAAAGACAGGACUCCAGUGAUGAGGACACAAAUAAUGUUGAGGCUAUUUUUGAUUUGGAGGAUUUAGAUAGAACUACCACAGGACUUGGAAUCACCUCUCCCCAAACCUGCAGAUCUCCUAAGAGUCCUAUUGAAUGCAGUCCAAGUUACUCCGGCAUGAGCAAUGUGACAUCAAGCGGAACUGUGAACCGCACGGGCAUAGAGACUGGCAAUGACCCUCUAUCCCUGCUUGCUGCUGAGUCCCAGUCAGAGCAGCAAAAGAAAGACCCAUCCCCAGAGGACGCCAACACAUUCACUGCCAACAGGCAUUUGGCAAGGGAGAUCGAGCUGUACAUGAAGCACAUGGGUAGCCCACUGAGCAGUCGUACGCCGAGCGUGGACUUGCAGGACGCAGCUAGCCCCUUCAUCUUCCACCCUUCUUCACGCUCUGCUGCACGACGAUCUAGCUUACCCCAUAGCUCCUCUAUUAGGACUACAGCGGUCCCACGUUCUCGCACCUUCCACCCUCCUUCACCACCUCAGCCAGUCUCCCGUCAACGGCUGUGGUCGUCGCCACCCCGUCGCAGCGCUAGCACCACACCGAGCCCUUGUCCAAGCCCGCGUGCAAAGACAUGUAGGGAGUACACAAGUAGGAUGCAAGUCACGAGCCCUUCGCCACCCUCCUCUUCUUUUGCUCUCGACACGCUACUGACUCCAACUUUGGAUGUUUUCAAAACCAGUAUGGUCUCUGCUGGUAAAGGUGUUGCAGAGAAGGCCAGUCGUUGGUACUCACGUCUGGCCACAUACACCACACCAACCAAGGAUACACAAAGUCACCGUCUCAAUGUUUCUUCACUUGAUGUUGGUGAUUUGGCUUGCUUCUCUGGUGAAGAUGAGGAACACUACAGGGAGUCAAAGAGCUAUGCCGUCUCCCCACAAAAGAAUGGGCCUCUUGGCCCAAAGGGAUCUCGUAGGAGUCCAAGACCCAGCCCUUUCCAAAGUAGGAUAAACAGCCCCACUGCAUCAUCAAGCCUCAGAAGACCAACAUCCCUGAUUCCUGGUGAACUUUCCCCGCCUGGCUUCCCCCUUUCAGACAAGUCAGAUGUGGGCUCUUCACGCUACACUAGCAACACCAGCAUCUUCAAUAAUUAUGCAAUGGAGCUGCUGAUAUCCAGCUGUUCGCGCUGUAAGACCUGUGACUGUCUAGUCUACGAUGAGGAAAUCAUGGCUGGUUGGACAGCUGAUGACUCCAAUCUAAACACCAUCUGCCCCUUCUGUGGAAACCCCUUCUUGCCUUUUCUCAACGUAGAGAUAAGGGACACGAGAGGACCCGGCAGGUUGUUCUUAAAGGGAAGCACAUCCGUGGAUGAUGCGAUGAGCUCUUCAUAUUCGGCCUCCACAGGCUUUGACACAGGGACGUCCACUUUGUCUACCCCCUGUCCUAACAAAACAAUCUCACCUCCCUCCUCUAUGAUUUCUAUACAAAACUGUUCAGUGAGCUCGAGAACUCGACCUGCCAAAUCUCACGGUAUCGACAUCCCCUCAGACUGGCGCCAUGGGGGUCUUUGUUCCGGAAUGGCCAUGGCUCGAAGCGUCAGUGCCUUUGGUCCUAUGGGUGAUAUGACCCAAUGCAGCCCUUUUAUGCCGAUGUCGGGCAGUUUACCCAGCCGCUUGAAUGAAACUACUGACCCACUGAAUAUUGACUGGAGCCUCCACAAUCCUGAGCCAGUGACUGUUCCAUACCUGAGUCCACUAGUGCUGUGGAAGGAGCUGGAGAGCCUUCUGGAAAAUGAAGGCGACCAAGUAAUUACAGAAGCGGACAUGGUGGACCAUCAUCCUAUUAUCUUCUGGAACCUUGUGUGGUACUUCAGACGGCUGGACUUGCCCAGCAACCUGCCCGGACUCAUCCUCACAUCUGAGCACUGCAACAGGGACUCCCAGGUCCCUCGUCAGUGGAUGUUGGAGGACAGUAAACACGUCUUGAUUCAGAUACUGUGGGACAACUUGAAGCUGCAGCAGGAUCCCGUGCAGCCUUUCUACAUUCUAUGGAACACGUACAAUGUGGGCUACUCUGUGACCCGAACUGUACCCAAAGAGGAGAAGGCCUUCACAGAGGAGCUUUUGCAGAGCGUGGUGAGAUGUAUCCAGAAGAACGACGUUGGACGACCGAUGGCUCACCUGCUCGAGCUACAGGACCAGACGCUCGGGCUCAGAAGACAAAGGAGUUUGUACAGAGACCUUCUCUUCCUUUCCCUGGUGGCGCUGGGAAAAGACAACAUUGAUGUUGACGCCUUCGAUCGCGAGUACAAGCUGGCCUAUGACCGGCUGUCGCCGAGCCUGGCCAAGCUCACGCACAACUGUGACCGUCCCCCCAGUGCAGGCGUCAUGGAGUGUCGCAGGACAUUUGGGGAGCCCUACCUCUAAAUGAUGAGCUCAGGUAACCUGCCAUGAAGUCUGUGUGGCUGGAAAGCGCAUCAUGUAGCCCUCCUUCAUUUCAGCCUCCCCAAAAAAGACUGUUACUGCGUACCAGAAAAGUAUUUUUCAAAGCAAUAUUUUACAUGGAAACUAGUGUUGCUGAUAUUUUCGUGUGAAGUCUAUUUAUACAAAGUGAGAUUUAUUUAUUUUAAUGUCAUCUGUUGACUGUCCUGUGGGUGUAGGUGUCUAACAAGUCAUUUUCUUCAGGAGGCUUUUCACAACUUCUCAUUUUUAUCAGUCAGAAUGAAAGCACGCUGCCUGACAUUUUGAAGAGUUUGACUUGAAAAGGAAUGACUUUGUUCUAAAAAUUUACCACCCAAGGGAUGUAAUUCAUACCUUACGGAGACACAGAUAGGAAAACGGUACUCUGUAUAGUAUAUGAAAUACUUGUUUUAAAACUGUCGUACAAAUCAUCUCUACGUUCUUGUUGGACAAGCAGUCAGUACAUCAUGUCUGUUUGAAUUUCUGAAUAGGGGAGGCAAUGGAAUAUUUAAUAGGCCUCUUUCACUAAUUUCUGUCCAGAUAUUAAUAAUGAUAAUUAUGAUGUGCAUUAAGAGAUGAACAAUGGAUGUGGAGAUUUUAAUCAAUUGUCGUUUUUACUUGUUUUUAAUAGUAUUUUACUUGACUUACUGCACGUUUAUUUCAACAAUCAUCUUUUUACUCCAUUUGAUAUCAAGCUUUAAAUGCUUAAUAGCUGACAUGCUCAUCUUGAGUCAACUUAUAGCCUUAACACAAUUGUGUUACUGUUUCUCAUGUAUAGUACACAUUUUGUGGGCACUCAAAAAACAAACAAAAAAACAAAACAAGUGAAUGAGAUACUGAUAAAACACUAUAACUUGACAAUGAGAGAUCACAUGUCCUGGUCCAUUCCGGAAAAACUGAAUUUCCAAAUGAUUGUGGUGUAGCAAAGAAGACUCAAAUGCACCCUGUAACACGAGUGUGGACAGAGGUGACCACUGGAACCAUAAAUGCUCAUUUAUUCAAUACGACAUGUUCCGUUUUAUAGUCAUAUUUAACUAGUAUGGCAAAGGUGUGGGUGCAUUCCAUAAGUGUGGACGGCAAGAAAACUGAAAAACGAGGACGUGGCAAAUUGAAUAUGGUUACGUACGGCGCCGUGCAAUUUUUAAAAAAAAUAUCGUGUAGUACACAUAUUUUGGCUGAGAUGCAAAAAAGUAAACCUCAUGAAAAUUGGGCCAAAAGUGAGCAAGUUCACCUAAUUUAAAUGGCUGUUAGGGGUGUCAAUCACGACAAUUUCAUGACCCGUGAUACAAGAUGAGAGCCAUUCUUUGGACAACGAUCUGACAUUUGCCUCGAUUACACAGUCUGCCACGAUUUGAUUCAAGGCCCUGAGACCGACAUCUGGUCACAGGGGCAGUGCUUCAGUAGAAAAGCCCACCACUUCCGUCAGCCAUUUUUCCCAGCUCUUCAGGGGUAUCCCGAGGCGUUCCCAGGCCAGCCGGGAUAAAUAGUCUCCGCAGCAUAUCCUGGGUCGACUCUGAGGCCUUCUCUCAUUGUGAUGUGCCUGGAACACCUCACCAGGGAGGCGUCAGGGAGGGAGGCGUCUGCCUGUCACUCUCCUACUCAAUUCUUCCCUCACUCUUGAACAAGACUUCAAGAUACUUAAACUCCUUCUAUUGGGGAAGGACCUCAUCCCUGACCCAGAAAGGGCAUUUCACUUUUUUCAGGUCAAGAUCGAAUGUCUCAGAUUUGGAGGUGCUUAUUUUUAUUCCAACCGCUCCAGUUAGACUUGAAGGUUGCAGCUUGAUAAAGCCAACAGAAUCACAUCAUCUACAAAAAGCAGAAGUGCAAAGCUGUGGCCACCAAAGCUGACACGCUCAACGUCUUAGCUGCACCUACAGUAUACUGUAUAUUAUGUCCAUAAAAGUUAGCAACAGAAUCGGUGCCAAAGGGCAACCUUAGCAGAGUGGAACCACACUGGAAACAAAUCCGACUUACUGCCGGCUAUUUGGACCAAACUCUGACACUGGUCGUACAGGGACCAAACUGCCCAUAUUAGGGGGUCCGGUACCCCAUACUUACACACAGGAUUCUCUGGGGGGGACAGCCUAACGCCUUCUCCAAGUCCACAAAACGCAUGUAUAAUAGUUGGGCGAACUGACCUACCCCCGUAAGUACCCUGCUGAGGGUGUUGACCUGGUCCAUUGUUCCACAACCAGGACGAAAACUCCACUAUUCUUCCUGCAUAUAAUAAUCAACCUCUCUACGGACCCUCCAGUUCAGUACCCCUGAAUAGACCUUCCAAGGGAGGCUGAGGAGUGUGAUCCUAUAGUUGGAACACACCUUCCAGUGGCGGGACCACCACCCUGGUCUGCCAUUCCAGAGGUAAUGUCCACAAUGUUGUAGAGGCAUGUCAACCAAGAUAACCCAACAACAUCCAUAACCUUUAGAAACUUUGAGUGGAUCUCAUCUAUACCCAGAGCCUUGUCACUGAGGAGCUUUUUAACCACUUCUGUGAUGUCCACCUGUUACGUCCCAUGGAUGGCUCGCUAAGGACGUAGCAUAAAACAAGCCACACAAAUUUACAAGUGGACACAAAUUUAUUCACAAUAAUCAAACUCACAAUGAAUAUAUACAGAAUGCCGAAGAAGCGUGACUUCAGGGUAAGCCCAGGCCAAAACAACAAACAAAAGGAACUACACUUAAACCCCAUCCGCUAACUAAACCCUGAUCAUGUAAAAGGAACAAAGAAAAGACAGCCACUAACCUAACCUCCUACGCUAUACAAAACAGGAGAAAACGGGUUGAACAGAAAUGGCGACUUACACCUAUUGCUUCAGUGCUCUUAUUUACAGUGGUGAACAAAAAAUAUCCAAUAACGAAUAAACACAAAAGAUCUCACUGAAAAAGCGGGAGUGUAUUAAACUAGCGAUCAAAUGCAAACGAGAUUGAAUGGCAAGCAAACAGCUGCCGAGGAGGACUGCGGCAGAAUGCUGUCAAAUGCGACCUCGUAGAGCGUUGACAGUCAGUACCUUUUUUGUGACGAAUGUCCAGGUUGAAGUCUUGGACCAAAACGGACCACUGCAUUAGUCGUUGGUUGUUCCGCAUUUGUCUGAGGAACACUAAGGGGUUAUGGUCAGUAUACACCGCUAUCGGUAGCGGGCUUGACCCUAAGUAGUAAGUACGCUUCCUACCUUUGGAGGGCCAAUAACGAUAGGUUCCUCUUUUAGCCGAGUGGGCGCGCACAUUAGCGUUAGCAGGUUCAGGUGGCCCCACAGAGUCCCACUCCACGUCACCAACAAAAGGAGGGAACCAGUUACUAACUACGGCCUCGUUUACUAAAUUUGUGGAAGCGACAGGCCUCGGGAGGGCAGCGUUUUUGAAACGCCAAUUUUGAUUUGGAUUAUAACGCUGUGCCCUUAUUGCUGUAUGAUUGUCCACAUCAAAUUUUACUCCAGCUCCCGCAGGAAGCAACUCAACACGAUGUACUAUUUUAGCAGUUACUUUAGGUGUUGUUGGCGACAGCAGUGAUUCACAUACAUGGUCAACCUUAACUUUCGGAAUGGGGAAAACGCUUUCUCCCGGCAGAUCGUUCCCCAAUAUGAGUUGAACCCCGUCAAUAGGUAAUUUUUUACGCACUGCGACCUCUACAGGUCCAACAACUAGCGGGCAAUUCAAAUAUAUUUUAUGCAAUGGUGCCCGAAACUUUAAAACACCUGAAUCAAAUGAUCAGCUCAUCAGUAAGCUCUGCAGGAGCUUGAUAACGAUCCUGAUUAUUUGAGUCAGAUGUGAUGGAGGAGGGAGACAUGGAAAUCAAGCUGGAUAGGAGCCCUCGAAGACUGAUGUUGGCUACCCCUGCAUUAGAGCCGUUUCCCCACCAGGUGGCGGUAAGCCACGCCCCUCUCUUGAGUGUCCAAAACAGGCAGCUGCAAGAUGACAUGAACGCAAAGUCAGUUAUCCAAUUGUGGCCUACGGUAUCCUGGUAUCCGUAUUUUUUGAACAUCCUGUUCAUUAUGUAUAUAAUCCACUACACCACUCAAAUUCCAUCAUUGCCCAUGUGAGUUUGAAGUCCUACAGUGUCAGGGGUCGUGGCGAACAGGCAAGGAACGAAGAAGGGAUAGGCCCAAACGCAGGAAAAGCAAUGAAGCUAGGCACGGUGGUGGUGGAGACUCAAAAAGCUUAAAUUGAAGGUAACAAAAACAAAGUACAACCAAAAGGCAAGAGGAUCAGAACAACUAACUAUGACAAUCAGGCAGGACAAGGGCACAGGAAUACAAGGAGCAUGGACAUGGGCAUAGAUGUUGAGAUAGAUGAUGACACAACAACUGACAGCACAUGGGGAUCUUAAAUACUGACAAGGGGUCAUGACAAUGAAGCACAUGUGGGUGACACAAGAGGCAGCAGUUUGGUCCACACACAAAUCAAUGGGCAAUCACAAGGACAAGACACACUAGAGCACAAACUUCACAGAACUCAACUCAAACGAUGACACCCAGCAGAACAAGGGAGUCUACAGAAGUCGUGCGCUCCAGCACCCCCUCCAAGGACUCUAAAAACGGUGGGUAGUCUGAUCUAUUUGGUGCGUAAGCACAAACAACAUUCAGAACCUGUCCUCCCACCCGAAGGCCCAACUAGGCUACCCCCUCACCCACCAGGGUGAGGCCCAAUGUACAGCCACCAAGCCAUGUAUAAGUAUGCCUACACCUGCUCUGUGCCUCUCACCGAGGGUAAGUCGAGAGUGGAGAAGUCUCCAACCCCUUUCAAGAGUAGUAGUACCAGAGCCCAAGCCAUGUGUCGAGGUGAGCCUGACUGCAUUUAGUCGAAACUUCUCAAAUUCACACACCAGCUCUGGCUUCUUCCCUACCAGAGAGGCGACAUUCAAUGACCCUAGAGCCAGCUUUUGUAGCUGGGGAUCGGACCGCCAAGGUCCCUGUCCUCUUGGCCCCUCCCACGUUUGGUGAGCUCAUGGUAAGAGGAAACCUCGUUGCCGUUUCAGGUUGUGCCCAGCCAGGCCUCAUGGAUUGAUUAAAUAGGAUAUUGUGUACAUAUUUAAUACAAUUCCGUACAUUUCACCUAAAGCAAUAAAAAAAUAUUUUAAAUUUUUUGACAAUAUUCUUGCUGAAACAUUUCAAACAUUUAAAUGAAAAAAUGUUUAACAAAACAGCAUAUCAAAAAGGUGACUAUUUUGAUCAAUAUUUUGCAUUUCAGUCGAUUUGAUUGGUCCGUUGCUACUAAGUAAAUGAUCUAAUUAUCUAGGUCAAUGUAUCAUUCCACCCCUAAUGUCCAUGCAUUGCCUUAGAUGAGAACAUGCCAUCAGUUAGCCGGACUACUACAGUGCGUUAGCGUAUGUCGUCUUCAUAAUUUAUGACUGCAACUAUUUGCCAUGUAAGAAACUUUUACCUACACAAAAUAUGUUUGAACACAUGAACUCUCAAUCUAUUAAAUUACUCUGCAUUUUACGUUUUAAUUUUUGAGCAUGGAUACCAGCACAGCGAUAAGGUCAACUUCUGAAUGGUCAAUUUUUUUUCAGGUGGGGGUGGCGUCAAUUCCACAAGUGUGUCCUACUAUACGUGAGAAAAAAUGGUAUACGUUUAGCAAAAGACAGUAAAAAGACAAUGCACUCGGAUGAAAGAUGGAAUUACUUUUAUACAGUAUAUAUAAAUGGGAGCCUGGAUGGAACAAAUCCAAGGUCCCCGGCGCUUAAUUUGUCUGCCAUUUUAGGACAUGUAUUAAUUUUUUAAUGUGAAUAUUUCAAUAACUAUCAUCACGGUAGCUCAUUAGAUGCACAAAAGGUCAUCGGUCAAAGAUACAUUUGACGCUGAUAUAUAUCAAACGUGUAUAGUCAUCGGAUUUAAAAAAAGAAAAAGAUGGAAAAAAUUAGGCACUUGAUAAAAUUUAUUCCAUUGACUCGCAAUAGUUUAGGGGCAGAUCUGCCACAUAUAAUGGUGUGGCCUAUGAAGAUGCUCCACAUGCAUAUUUUCCAAAUCUGUCAAAAGGGAAUGGCUUAAUAAAACCUGCUCCACUGAGCCACCAGAGAUCAUAAAAAUGUACAGAAAACCAGAAAUCAUAUUCACUUCAAAAUACAGCGCCAAUGUCUUUCAAAAUUUACUAGUAAAUUCUUGUUACUGCGUAUGAAUUAUUUUGGAGUGUGUUAUAUUGGUUAGAGGAAAAGAACUUUUGUGAUAUCAAGAAAGAACAAAUGAUUUGAAGGUCACGAGGCUGCUGCACUUUGGCCCGUAAAAGUGGGCUAGCUGAUUUAACUUGAACUGACUUCGAUGGGAACAGCUUGGGAAAGCUGACAUUUAUCUUUAAAAUGGAAAAUGUGUAAAUGAAUAACUGCACAAUCUGUAUAUUGUAAUGCUUUGUAAAAAAAAAAAAAAAAAAAAAGAAAACUUUUUAUAAGAGUUAUUCACACUGUGCCGGUGUGCUGAUGGUUCUCUCAAGGACCAGAAAUUCAGGGCUCUUUCAAUGUAAAUAAAGUCAUGU